UUAGCAAGAAGAACAGUGACAUCAUUUUUUAGUUAUUCCAUAUUUACAAAAGCUACAAACUGAAAUGACAUAGUCGUAAAAGUCGAAAGGUCCUGGGUGUCCCGUGUUCCUCGUGCUUCAUAUUUCGCUUUUGCCUGCUAUACAAUGAUUGGCUAAGAACCAUCAGGAGAUUUUCUAAAUACAGUAUAUCAAGUGAUAUGGAUUGUUCGAGUUGAUCAUCAACCUACUCGUAUCAGAUUUAGUAGCACGGAAGGGUACGGAAGAAGAGGACGUGUUCGUUGUGUUUGGCGAAGUUGAUGUAGCAUUCUUCAUUACAAUGUACUCCUCAGACCAUGAUCCUGACAAGCAUAUGAUCUGCUAGAAUUCAAUGGUAAGAAACGGUUUUGUUAAUGAGGACAAACAACACGUUCCCAUCCAAGGACAAGACUAGACAGAUACAUCAUGGCUCUCGCUCUCGUUGGCAUGCUAAUGGUCCUCUCGACUUGUACUCCAGCAAUGGAAGCAAGAGUUCGAUCACCAGAGAGACCUGUUGUGCCAAAUGUAACAGCAACAAGCCCCACAGAAAUCAAAAUGAGCUGGUGUAGAGUCAAGCCAAACAACAUUGAGAUUGACCACUAUGAAUUGUACAUUGAUAAUGAACUGGAAUACUCUGGAAUUGAUGUGAUGUAUGUAGCUAAGAGGCUGAAACCAUGGACAUGGUAUGAAGUCAAACUACGCUCUUGUGGAUUUCAACCUGGCUUCACUUGUUCACCAUUCUCUAGACCUAAACUAGUCAAGACUCUAGCAGAUGGUGAAAAUGCCACAGCUAUUCCAUCAACAGCUACUGUGUUCAAAGUAGUUGUGCUGCCAACAUAUAUGUUCAUUGCUGGUGUAUUAGUUGGUGUAGUCGUCUUGGCAAUGGCACUUGUAUGGAGGUAUUUAAAGUCAAACGACUUGUGGAUGAUUGAGCCAGCUUUUGAACUACCAACUCACCUUCCACCACGAGGUAGAACCUGCCUCAAUGGAAAAAUUGCUAAGUUAAAUUCGUUUCAACUGAGCAACUUGGUUGGCCAAAACAAAGAUUCUGGCAAAACUGAUGAAAGACGAGACCUAGGUAAGGAAAAUGUGUAUCACCAAAUCACAGAAACAGAAGAAGGAAUUUGUUCUAACAACAAAAGCAUAGAGGAUUUUACUGUCAGAAAACAAGAAACUGUGCUUGAGGAAAUGGAGGAAGAAAGACUAUCACUGGUUGAUUUGAAAACAAUUGCACAAGAUGGAACCAUGAACAAAGAUCCCAGGCUUGGCUCUGACAACAACCAUCUCAAUAGUCAUUACCAAAAUGAAUACUUAGUGGAAAAACCCUAUAGUGGCCAUCUUGAUGAACAAGUAAUAUCUGAUGGUAGCCAAGAGAUGAAACCAUAUAUCGUGCAAGACAACAGCUUUGGAGACUUGCACUUCAGUCCCAAUCUUGUCAUUAAGGAAAAUAAUGUGGAAGGUCUUUGCAGCAAUUCUGAGCAACAGGAGUCUUUUCCCAAGUGCGAAAGAAAACUCACAGAGCAUGAUCUAUCUGUCCAGCAAGCAGACCAAGUGAAGGAUACUCAAAUGAAUCAAACAUCUUCAUCGUCAAGUGGAAGCCAGGAUGUUACCAAGGGUGCAGUCAUUGUGGUUGACAACAGUAAUAUUUACAUCGGUGCUCAAGAAUGUGCCAGUGCUUACAAUGCUGGGGAACGGAAACGCCAUGUCCGAGUCAAGCUGCAGAACUUAGUUAAAAUACUGGAGAAAAACAGGAGUAAAGAAAGAACCUUUGUGUGUGGGUCAAGUCCACCUGCUACAGAACAUGUUUGGGACAUUUACAGGCAUCUUGGUUAUGUGGUUGAUUUAGAGGACAGACGAGGAAAAGAUGAACAAAGAGUUGAUGAAGGUUUACAUCUCUUUAUUUACAAGGCAAUUUGUGAGCUUUCACCAAGAGUUUUAGUUCUGGCAAGUGGAGAUGGCAUGAAAGGCAAAUCAGAAAAUUCCACAAGUUUCCCAGGUUGUGCAAUGAUGGCUUUGGAGAAAGGAUGGCUUGUAGAAGUUCACUCGUGGAAGCAUUCUCUCAGUGCUGAGUGGUAUAAACUGGCAAAGAAGUACCCAGAACAUCUCAGUAUUCACUAUCUUGAUAAGUAUGUGAAUCACAUUACGUUUGUUGAUGGGAAGCAUGGAAGAAAAUGCCUGCCACUCACAGGAAUCCAUGAACGAGAAAGAAUGGGAAGUUUUGAAUCAAGGCCAGGCCGGCUCACAUACCAUAAUGGAUAGCUUUGUAAAUGGUUUUGUAUUUUAUUGUCUAUUUAACCUGUAAAACACAUGAAUAUGAGAGGAAAAUGCAUGUUUUCUUCGUAGUAGUAAAGUUUUAGGUAUCUAGGUUUUACAGAGAUAUUUAUUUUUGAAAUAGUUAGCUUUAAUAGCAGAAUUAGACACAGCUAGUUAGGAAUGCAAUUAAGCUUAAUAUGAUUCAGAAUUUAGAGUUUAAUAACAUUUAUUUGCAUAUUAAAUCCUUGCAGCUAUUUUUAGUGACCUAAUGGGAUGCACAAUAAUGUAAUAUUAUGAAUGUCAUCUAGAGUGUUCAAACAGCAAGGUUAAAAUGACCGUCAGUCAAUAGAAAAUGUUCAGCAAAAAUUAGUGCCUGUCUGUCAGUGUGCAAAUGCCUCUCAUGCCAAUCCUCUUGAAUGGUUGACAUUUUGAUCAGUUGGAUGUGGCCCAAAAAUCUUGGCAGCCAUGUUGGUAGUAUUAACAAAGGAGGCCAAUGAGAAAUACUUUGUUGCUACCAUUAUAGUUGAAGUGUGACCCACAAAGUUCAGUGUCUAAUUUGCCAAUUGGCAUUUCAAGGACUGCCAAUCAAGUAACUGAAAUAAAAGAGCAAUAUCUUGAGGGAGAUUUUAGAUUGAAUUAAAGAUUUUAAUGCCCUAAUCCUCUAUUUUAAUCCUCUAUUGCUUUAUCACUGUUCUUUGGUCAUUAAAAUGCUGGUCGGCAAAUGAAACAUUGAACUUCACUGGGUGCACUUCAACAAUAAUGGGAGUAAAUACCCCCAAUAUGACAGCAUGAUGCCCCUUCACAUGCUUUCAGUUGUACCAUGUUGAGCUGCGCCACUGCACUGCUACUUUCAGUGGUGAUUAGCCAGACAAGUUUUUUUAAUAAUGUGACAUGCAAACAAAAAAUUAUUUAACAAUUACACCCACAGCUCAAAUGCUCUCAUGAGGGCAAGAGGUGUAAUUGUUUUAGCAUAAACCUAGGUUGAAAUAAAAUAAUCAAUUUUUUUGCAGUUGGUUUGUUUUUCAAAACCGAACCUUGUCACUACUGGUGGUCUAUAACUAAUACACUACUAGUAGCUCAGCCAAUCAGAGUGCAGGUAGACCAUUAGUAGGUUUAUGCUAAACCUAAUAUAGCAUUGGUGAGAGACAUUCAUUGAGUCACUAAAAACAGCUACAACAAGCCAGGAAAAUAUAUUGCUAGUAUGUGCCCAAAUUAUUGUGGCAUAAUAAUAUGUUAAUGCAACAAAAAAGCACUUUAGCAGAUGAUCUUUGCCAUUAGAAACAAAGCAUCUUUUUAUAAAGUAUUAUACUGUAAAUAUUCAAAGUUAAGAAAGAAAGCAGGUUUAUCAAUCAUUUUGUUCUUUUUACAACUAUUUUAGACCUAAAUCAUAAGCCUCCAAUUUACCAUCUAUAUCUUACAAGAUAAAUUUGAUUGGCAGUAGACAAAAUUCCUAAUGACUCCAAAUGUCUGGAGUCAGUUAGGUUGCAGAAACAUUAAUUAAUUGGCUGUAAUUACUUGUCAGUAAGAUUGCAACCAAAUUAUUAUGAUCUUAUUAUCAAUCUUCUUUUGGUGAAAUGAAUGUUAUGUCCUCUCUUGCCUUCCACUUUUAAAAUUAAAUCAUAAGAAAAAAAAUUCCCAGUUUUUGCUGUAAUAUAUUUGCAUGGAGUAGUUAUCCAAUAUCUGCCAUUAGAUGUAUAUAUAUAAACCUAAACAGAAUCUUACCACAUGUAUGCAUGUUUAGAUAAUUUAUAGGUUGAGAGUCUUGGAUCACAAUAAACGAAAUCACUGAAUGUCA